AUGAACUUUAUUAUGUUCACGCAUGUACAGGUGAUUGUAGCUACGGUCGCCUUCGGAAUGGGUAUUGACAAGCCGGACGUUCGAUUCGUAUGGCACUUUGCAGCCAGUCGGAGUCUGGAGCACUAUUACCAAGAAUCAGGUCGGGCAGGUCGCGAUGGCCUACCGGCAGUCUGUAUAAUACAAUGGCGAUUUGCUGACCUCUUCCGUCUAGCUAGCCUGGUCUUCGCCGAAGCUACUGGGCUGACUAAACUGCUAGAAAUUGCAUCGUUCUGUUUGGCCACUGUUAACUGUCGUCGCAAGUUGAUAGCCGCUAGCCUUGGUGACGCUAGCUGGACGGAAAAAGAUUGUGAUGAGCAACCGUGCGACUCCUGCCUGCGAAGUCGCGGCCUCGAGAAUGGCCAGCUUUUACAAAUCAAUGUAUCCAGUCUUCUAGAAAAAGUCUACCAAAUCCUUGCCGAGGAGGCGACUAACAAGCGAAGGCUAACCGGACAGAAAAUUGUGGAUAAACUGCGAACAAGCAAGUCUGUCCAAACCGAUCUUGAGCAGCAGAUAGGGUAUAGUAUGAUGCGGGACGAAUACACCCACUUCUUGGAGCAGUUUAUUUGCUGGGCACUCAUCCGGCAACAACUUGCAAUAGAAUUUCACUUCACGCCCUAUUCGACCAUCUGCUACAUUGUUUCAGACAAGAAGGUAGCCACAGAUCUCAUGAUGUCUUACUGGCACCAAGGCAAGAUAAUAAAUACAGGAAGAAAGAGAUCAUUAAAACCCAUGCCAAAUGAGAUCGAGAUCUGCUCAAAGCCUGCCCAAUGUGCUAGGACAGAAAAUCCCGAAAUGGCCAUUGAGCUAAGCGACGAAGGAUAG